AUGACUGAGGAACAGCCUAAGAUCCUUACAAUGGCAGAAGCCUUCGAAAAGAGACACAGUACAAGAAACUUCUCACAAGCACCAUGGUCCGAGGAGAACCAGAAGUUUGUUGAAGAUUUAGUCAAAAGAUUAAAUGAACAUCCAAGAAUUUUCGGUGGUGAAGUCGAAAUCAAGCUUGCUCCAAGUGGCUUCGGCAAGUUGGGAUUCAUUGUCCACGAAAAUGGCUGGUUAUUCCCUAAGAUUGCUAAGGAAACAGAUGAGAAGAGAGAAAGAGAUCAAUUUAUCAAUAUCGGUUACAUUCUCCAGCGCGCUGUUAUGGAAAUGACACAGCAUAACAUCGCUACAUGCUGGAUCGGCGGCACUUACAACAGAGGCAAAUCAGAAGAAUUCUGCGGUGGCAACUGCAGUGUUCCAGCUGUUAUUGCUUUCGGUGGUGAUGAUAAGGAUCGCUGGGUAGAGCAUGUUGUCAAAUUCUUUGGCUCAUUCCGUGGAGCUAAUCAGUAUCAAGACAAAUUCUUCGAUCUCAAGACAGCAAAGCCAAUUACUCUUGAAACUGUUGGCGAAAGAGGUGUUAUUUGCAUGGCUCUCAAUAAGAUUCCAUGCGCUAUGAAACCACACUCUUACAGAAUCGUUUUUGAUGAACCAGCAAUCCAUAUCUUCAAUGCACAGUUCAAUGCUGGUCCAUACAAGAACAUCGGUGGCUUCGAUGUCGGAAUUGUUAUUGCUAACGUUCAGAUGUACUUUGAAUCACUCGGAAAGCAAGGAAAGAUUGAAGUCCUUGAACAGCAUCCACAGUGCCCACUUGGUGGUGAGUAUAUUUGCACAGUUACAAUGACUGAUUAA